UUCUUCUUCCUUUCAACCCGGAAUCCUCAUCUCAAUUUCCAGGCCUCCGUGCAUAUUUAAUUUAUUUUCGUUUUCAUCUCCACCUUCAUUUCGUCUCACUCAUAUGAAUCGAUAUUUUCUUCCCCAUAGGCCAGUUCUUCAGUUUCUGUGCCCAUGCCGUUUUUGAGCCCAUAACCUGAUAGAGCAAACUUAAAACUCAUGGAGUUGUCUGCCGUGGUUAUUCACUCAUGUUGUUCAAUCCCCUCAAAGUUUCCUACUUUCAAAGCUUAUGGAGAUUUUUCUUGUUCCCUCACUGCACCUAUAAGGAAUAUAGUUCGAGUUGCUUCCUUGAAUUUUAGCACCAAAGAUCUGGCAAACCCUAGGAGCACUUGCUUGUCCAUUGUCCACGCUUAUGAAGCUGCAAGUGCAUGCAUCGAAGCAUCAGAUGCCGCAGAGUUGGAAUUUCAAGAUAUCAUCAAUUAUCCCUUUCAUGAUGAUGCCAGGAAGAAGAUGGACAAUAUGGAUGAAAAAAACCAAUGCUUAAAUCCAAGGUUAGUUGCUCGAUGGCUGCGACUGUGUGUUAACGGGGAAGAAGUAGGAAGGGUACACACAGUCUUGUUAAAAUGUUUAACAGAACCUGUUACUUAUGUUGAUAACAAUUUAAUUUGUGCCUAUUUGAGAUUGGAGAGCUUAGGGUUGGCUCGCAAAGUAUUCGAUGGAAUGUCCAGAAGAAAUACAGUUACCUGGACCGCUAUGAUUAAUGGGUAUUUGAAUCAUAAUAUGGAUGAUGAAGCUUUAGAGUUGUUUAGUGAAUCCAUUAAACAUGAGGUUCAAGCAAACAAUAAGAUGUUUGUCUGCCUCAUGAAUUUGUGUGGUAAGAAAUUGGAUUUACAGCUGGGUAAGCAAAUACAUGCUAGUAUUUUGAAAGGCAGAUGGAAGAACUUAAUUGUUCAUAAUUCAGUUCUUCAUUUUUACGCAAAAUGUGGGGACAUGUCAAGUGCAUUUCUUAUAUUCAACCGGAUGGUGGAGCGUGAUGUGGUAUGUUGGACAACUAUGAUCACUUCUUGUUCCCAGCAAGGGCUAGGGCAUGAAGCCUUUACAUUGUUAUCGCAAAUGCUAGGCAAUGGGUUUAUCCCUAAUGAAUAUACUGUAUGUAGUGCACUGAAGGCUUGUGGAGAGAUAAAGGCAUUAAAAAUGGGGAGACAGCUACAUGGUGCUAUGGUGAAGAAAAUUUGUAAGAACGAUGUAUAUAUAGGCACAUCAUUAGUUGAUGUGUAUGCAAAAUGUGGAGAAAUUGCAGAUUCUAGACAAGUUUUUGACAGAAUGAAGAUCAGAAAUACAGCUACUUGGACAUCCAUUAUAUCAGGAUGUGCUCGAAAUGGUUUAGGUGAGGAGGCCAUAAGUUUGUUUAGGUCAAUGAAGAGACAAAGAGUAUAUAUCAACAAAAGGACUAUUGUUAGUGUCUUGAUGGCCUGUGGCUCAAUCAAGAAUUUGCUAAGUGGAAGAGAAGUUCACGGACAGAUAAUCAGGAGUAAUAUCCACUCUAAUAUGUACAUAGGGAGUACUUUGGUAUGGUUCUACUCCAAAUGUAAAGAGUACUCUCAUGCAAUUAAGGUGCUCCAUCAUAUGCCCUUUAGGGACGUUGUCUCAUGGACCGCCAUUAUUUCUGGAAGUGCUCGGCUAGGGCAUGAGCCUGAGGCCCUUGAGUUCCUCAAGAAAAUGGUGGAAGAAGGCGUGUUGCCUAAUUCAUUCACUCACUCAUCAGCUCUGAAAGCGUGUGCAAAGUUAGAAGCUCUAAUGCAAGGAAAAUUGAUUCACUCAUAUGCAACCAAAACCCCUGCCCUGCGCAAUGUAUUUGUGAGCAGCGCUUUAAUUUAUAUGUAUGCGAAAUGUGGAUAUGUUUCAGAGGCUUUUCAAAUUUUCGACAGCAUGCCAGAAAGAAAUCUUGUGUCUUGGAAAGCCAUGAUCAUGGGCUAUGCAAGGAAUGGACACUGUAGAGAGGCUUUGAAGCUCAUGUAUAGAAUGCGAGCAGAAGGUUUUGAGGUGGAUGAUUAUAUCCUUGCAACAGUUCUCACUACAUGUGGGGACAUCCAGUGCGAUAUAGAGGCUUUAUCUUCUCACUACCUGCGUUCUUAAUCUUGUGGAUGAUAGGAGCUUCAAUAUACUUUAUCUCUGCAGAGCAGAGUUCACUUAUUAAGACGUAUAGCCGCUGACAUGUAAUGUAUAUUGACGGAUGAAGAGGAACUAACACGUGCUUUUCAAGAUGUUAGCAAUUUGCUGAUUCUGCAUCCCCCCACCCCAAGUAAAGGAAAAGGGAUAAGAUUAUAAAAGAAAAAAAAGAGUAAUUUCCUUCAGUUCAUAAUUGAUGGUGCAGGUGAUUGCUGUGAAGAAAUUCAACGAUCUUAUGAUGUUUCAUCAUAUUAAAAUUAUGAUGCUGAGUUCCUCCCAGUAAACUAGGCAUUACUCUUGCUUGCAUUUGUUGUGCAAGCACGUACAUGCUGAAAUACAUUCUGGAAGCAGAGUAUCCUGGGUGCGAAAGGUGGUUGAUUGGGCAAAAUUUUGUGGUUGCUCCAGAUGGUGCAUACUGCAUAGUUUCUCAGUUGCAUGGUGUAAGCCUUCCGAGACAUGUCAUCGUUCUCCAGGAAUGAAUUAUUGUAUAUUUUAACUUUUUAUUUUUCCAUGUACUACUAUACAUCUCUCUCUAAGUGUAUGAAAUAUUCUUUUUUUGGCCCAAGUUUUGAUAGAUUCACAGACCUUGUUUAUCUGUCAAAACCAUGUGAAAAGUCAAUCUUGUACAUUGUUGACAUUGCUAGGAAUUUUGAUUAGCUGAUCGUGGAAAUCGCAUUUA